AUGGGCAUUGUGCACCACUUCGGCAAGCCAGAUAUCUUUGUGACCUUUAUGUGCAACCCCACUUGGCCAGAAAUUACAAACUCUCUGUUGGGUAGACAGAGUGCCAAUGAUAGACCCAAUCUUUGCUCCCAUGUUGUAGUUCAUAUCAAUGUCAUUGAGUUUCAGAACCGCAGUCUCUCCUAUGUCCACAUUCUCUUUAUCGUGGCUAUAGCAGACAAGUUAGUUAUAGUGGAUGAUUAUGAUGCUAUCAUCUCUGCAGAGUAUCUGGAUUCUGAUUUUGAGCCAGAAGCAUUAGCAAUCAUAAGCUGUGAUAUGGUGCAUAGAUCAUAUAGACAGGAAGCCUGUCUUGCUAAUUCUUCACCAUCAUGUUGCAUAAAGAAUGGUAAUUGCCAGAAGCACUAUCCAAAGAGUAUCUAA